AUGGUGUAUGGCAGUGAUCAAGGCGCUGGUAUGGUGUAUGGCAGUUAUCAGGGUGCUGGUAUGGGGUAUGGCAGUGAUCAGGGUGCUGGUAUGGUGUAUGGCAGUGAGCAGGGUGCUGGUAUGGUGUAUGGCAGUGAUCAAGGCGCUGGUAUGGUGUAUGGCAGUGAUCAAGGUGCUGGUAUGGUGUAUGGCAGUGAUCAGGAUGCUGGUAUGGUGUAUGGCAGUGAGCAGGGUGCUGGUAUGGUGUAUGGCAGUGAUCAGGAUGCUGGUAUGGUGUAUGGCAGUGAUCAGGAUGCUGGUAUGGUGUAUGGCAGUGAGCAGGGUGCUGGUAUGGUGUAUGGCAUGAUCAAGGUGCUGGUAUGGUGUAUGGCAGUGUACAGGAUGCUGGUAUGGUGUAUGGCAGUGAUCAGGAUGCUGGUAUGGUGUAUGGCAGUGUGCAGGGUGCUGGUAUGGUGUAUGGCAGUGAUCAGGAUGCUGGUAUGGUGUAUGGCAGGGAGCAGGGUGCUGGUAUGGUGUAUGGCAAUGAUCAGGAUGCUGGUAUGGUGUAUGGCAGGGAGCAGGGUGCUGGUAUGGCGUAUGGCAGUG